UCGGGGAAAAGCAGCAGAAGGAGACAGAGGAAACGCAGACCUCAGAGCAGCCCACCUCACCUCACUGUCCCCGCUCUGCUCUCGGUGUCCGUUAACUAAGCUGACCGCGGAUCAGCGCACGAGCUCCCUCCACUCUACGAGUCUCACCAACUGGGACUCAAACCAGAGGAAAUCGUGUUCGUCGGCAGCCAAGUCCGCACGCCAAGAAGACACAUCCAUAGCAGACCACGGCGAGGGGACGGACGGUGUGAUAAGAAGGGACUGGAAUCAAGGGGGAAGGCUGGUAGGAACAACAGAGGAGCUUAAUACAAACACACAUUUAGAGGAGAGAGGACUGCCUGGCCCCGCACAAGGAGAAGUAUUACGCGAAGCUAAUUUCCAACAUUUUCUAUUAUUGGCAGCGCGAGUGUGCUCCCCGAGCCACAUUUAUAAAGAGAGCUAGCGGAAUGUAAUGCUAGCAUGCUAGCUUAUGUUAGCUGGCUAAUUAGCUUGUCAGGCAUCCAAGAGUAAGACGUGUGAUCUUUAUUAAAAUAGGUCACUGUUUGGCGUCGUUUUACUUUUUGGGAAAACAAGCUGUACUUUAUGUGCUUUGUCCAGGGCAUGGUCAUAAUGUUCUGCCUUGAAUAGCUAACGCCAAGUUAGACAAUAAACAGUACCAGCUGCCUUUUUAUUGAUGUAAACCAGUUAAUUUACCCAUCUACGCUUUUUUUUUGGGAAAAACCGAAUCCAUUGUGAAUAUCGAGCUGUGGACAAAUCUAACGGAGAAAAAAGGGUAAAAAAACAGACUUUUGACUGGUGACUGUCUGCCGUCCAAUGUUAAUGUCGACCGACGUUGCAUCUAUAAUGCUUCCCGUUAGUCGGGGAAUAAUGGAAAGAGACAUUGAUACAGCAGCCGGACCCCUUGCAAACGCGGCCGGGGGUCCAGCAGCUGUCCGCGGGAUGAAGCGAGGAGACCCGGAGCCCGACGCUCAAACAGCCGCUGCCCUGCCGGACUUAGCCGGGGCGGAGUGCAAAAGACCAAGGAUAGACGGGACCGGCAGUGUUGUUGGGGACAUUGGACAGAACAACGAGCCGUUAAACCCCGGUUUCCAUGGAUACGCACCUCACAGUCAGGGCUCUCAGGAUUCGACAGGAGGACAGGAGGGAUUGGUGGCCCCACCCUUUUCAGCGUUCCCCCCUCCACCCCCUCCUCAAAACGGGCUGCCAGGGACCGAGUUUGGCCCCGGGGCCAUGUUUGUUGCUGGGGGCCCAGGCACAGCCGAGGUAGGGGCUGGUGCUAAUGGAGCCACCUCCCCUACCACAACCAACAACAACGGAAAGGCAGAGGAGGUGUCCCAGGGAGAGGCGGGUGUACAGUGCGGCGCAGGAGACACAGGAGCAGGAGACUCUGUGGAAGACCUCUCAGAGGACAAGGGGACCCCCAAACGCCUGCACGUCUCAAACAUCCCCUUCCGCUUCCGGGACCCUGACCUCAGGCAGAUGUUUGGGCAAUAUGGGAAGAUUCUGGAUGUAGAGAUUAUUUUCAAUGAGAGGGGUUCAAAGGGGUUUGGCUUUGUGACAUUUGAGACCAGCGCAGACGCAGAGAGAGCCAGGGAAAAGCUCCACGGCACAUUGGUGGAAGGUCGUAAGAUUGAGGGAGGCUACCCUGCUGCUGCUGCUGCCGCCGCCGCCGCCUAUCGCUACGCCCAGCCAGCAGCCGUAACCGGAGCAACCGCUGCAGCUGCCGCCUACAGUGACAGUUAUGGCCGGGUGUACACUACAGAUCCCUACCACGGUUUAACUCCAGCUGCUGCUGCUUACGGAGUGGGAGCCAUGGCCAGUUUAUACCGGGCAGGAUACAGUAGGUUUGCUCCUUACUAAAACCACAAAUCCCACCCGAGGAAUUUCACAUCGCUCCAAAAAACCCUUUUUCAAGCUCUUUGUUUGGCAGCAGCUCCCCUCCAUUUCUCUGCAGGCGGACUCUAGUGACAACUCGUGUGUUUCUUUGUUUUUCUGUCUUUUUUCUUUUGUGGCGAGAGAGGUCAUUUGCCACAUCAUCAACUCAAACUCUGUUUUCUGUACUCUGUGUCCGUCGCUGACACGGAAACAACGACUUAAACUGCCAGGAGUGUCUCCCACAUAAAACAAAAAGCCAGAGCCUGCUACUUUGAACUACGGGGCAAAAUUUAGGACGGUUUUUAAAACACUACGGGACCUGGAAGGAGAGAGACUGCUGUUCCUGUGCCGUCCUGCACACCUUUCCCCCUCUGAACUUACAGUAUGUCCACUGCCCUGUAAGCCCUAAUCAGACCUAUAUACACACACUUACUACAAGUAUACAGUUUCCUCCACAUUUUGCUUUAGUGUUGGCCCACACAGAAUGAUGCCACCGCACAGCAUUACUAUAGAAGGUACUUCUGUUUUUAAACACUACAUUGACGUAAAGCUACAGCCCCGUGCAGCAGAGACGGACGUCCCUCUGGUUUAACAUCGUGGUGUAAUAAUGAAACUCGGACUACACGAUACAGAAGACGUAGGAAUUAUUCUUGUUGUUUUGUAAAGCUGGAGCACCGAACAUUCACCCGGAGGGAACUGGGAGCAUCUUGACUGACAGAAACCACUGUUGUCCUGGCAACGACAAACAUUGCAUGAAAAAAAAAUCUUCUUUUUUUCAUUCUCCAGCAUUUCACGACUCCCCCCCCCCCCCCCCCCCCCCCCCCGAAUCUAAAAGGAAACACAAGAAAACAAAAUGUAAAAAAAAAAAUGUAAAAACGAAAGAAAUUCAAAAAAACGUGAAAGUGACGAGGAAAGAAAACAAGUGACUUUGUUUCUGCAUUACCUCACUUUUUAUUUUAUUUAGUUUCGCUGCCAUUGAUAGGAAGUUGCAUAGAAAAGUCGUUAUAUAUUCAGCCAUUCAUUUGUCCUCAUUGCUGUUCUACACAUUCUCCACUUAUAGCUGUAAACAACACUAAGACGGGACGUGGACAGUUUGAGCCGACCCUGUAUGUAUUCAGUGCACCUCCCCUCUAAAGGCUCAUCCUCGAUGUGCUCGUAGCGCUCCUUUCAAAAAAGGACCCGGCCCAUUUCUCUCUCCGUCUCCUAAACCCGUCAGACAUUCCAGCUGUAGCAGCGAAUGAACGGGUCGGACGGACAAACUCACCGAACACACGUGAACUAGAUUUAGCAGAUUUUGAAGCAGGAACACCCACACAGGGAACUCAUCAUCCGCCAAAUGGGAAUCCCUCCUGGCCAAUAAGAGAUAUUUCUGCCUCCAGGCUUCGGGUAGGCCACAUUAGAAUACAUUUGAAACAAAGAGAUCGCAGUCAUGUAAUGAGAAUUCAUCAUUGUUCUAUUUAUAUUCAUCCUUUUUAAUGUGACAGGACACUACAUGAUUUUGUCAUUUUAAAUCCGUCAUUAUGCUCUCUGGGAUUGUUCGGUCCGAGUAGUUUUAAAGUUCUCCUUACCGGUCAUAAUAACGACUGGCAGCCAGAUGGUUUAUAGACCAAGUGUCUGUCCUGUAUGUAUCACAUCUCCAUAUACUCUCACUAUGUUGUUAUUGCUAUUAUUUGCCUUUUUUGGUUCCAAAGAUUUUCUGAAGAAAAGCACAUUUUUGGUCCUGAUGUAUUUCUUAGUUUUGUGGUUGUUUUCUUUUCUUUUUUGUCGUGCCUUUACUUUUAUUAUAUAUAUAUAUAUUUCUUUAUUUUUCAGUCCAGUGUUGAAACAGCACCCUGAGAAAUGUCAUUGAAGCAGCGUCUACGAAAAGACAGAGGACACAUUUAUAAGGUUGCCGCAGUUUUGGGAAUUCUGACCCACAAAUACAACAAAAUUGAAUCCAGUCCACACACUCAUUUUCUUUUUUGUUAACACAUGAAACACGCUGUCGAUGCAGAGCUGUUGGCUGCAGACAAGGGAAAUCAGAGCAGACGGAGUCAUGAGGGAUAUGCAGAAAGACGGAGCAGAUCUUUUGGAUUGCUUUUGCCAUUAGGGCCAAAUUACAGGCAAAGUAAAUGGAGGGAAACGUCCACACAAUGUCCAAAGUGCCCCGUAGCCCAGCAGUGGCCACCUUUUUCGAACAACGAAGCAAUGUGUGGGUGGUUAGCGGAGGGAUAUUGUGAUGGUGAACGUGAGAAGCUGAGCCAUUAAUCAUUAGCUGACAGGAUAACAACGUCCCCAGCUGUUUUCUUAUUUCAGAGGGUACAGUGCGAGGAGGGGAAAUGUUUUUGUAUGAUUGUGAAAACUGUGUGCAGUAGGUCCAAUGAGUAUUUUUGACGCGCAUUACCUCCUUUUUUUUUUUUUUUUUUUCUUUUUUUUGUCUUUAUUAUUCCUUACAAGUAUUAUCAGAAGUGUUGCUAUGCAUGCUUUUGUGAGAGAGGAAGGAUUGUCAAGUCAGAGAAAUCUUUUUUCAUUUGUGCAUGAAUUCAAAUCAUAGUGCUGGAGGAGGAAGAUCAGGAGGAGGAGGAUGGGGGGUGUUUACAAAGCAGGAGGAGGAGAGAACUCUGUUGUGUGAUGCGAGGGGACGGGAGUAAAGGUCUGGUGGAGAGUCUCUGGGUGGGGAAGGGGAGAAGCAAGUUGCUUUAUUGAAGCAGAUUUGGUCCGCUUCAAUAAUCCAGGUUAUCGCUGCUCUGUGCCUCUGUGGUCGCCGUGGUAAUCACCAGCCUUAUCGCAUGUGUAAAGUUUAAUUUGGUGCGUCUGGACCCCUGUGGUUCCCUCAGAAACUAACAUUAACGACCACCUCGUGAUAAUUCGGCUUUGAGAUCAUCUCUGUAAAGAUGAGGCUGGUGAUGUGGCUGCAGCUGCUGCAGAGAUGCUCAUUUAGCAACAUCUCCACCUCGCUCAUCCGGUUGGCAGAAAAAGCGGUGCAUUGAGGUUGGUGUAAUGGUUAUUGAGCAGCCACUGUGGUGCAGCUGCGGGUGGCGUUUGCUUGUUUUUGUCUCUUCUAAUUGGGAGUAAAUCUGAUUUGGAAGGCUGCAGAAAUGAGCGCAGAGGUGCAUGCUGGGACAAGCAGGAGUUCUCCUCGGCCGCUGACCCCGACUCCCCUGCACUGUGCUCAAGUCAACCCAGUGGGAGGGUUUUUUUGUACAGGGAUUUCAUAAAUGAGUUUGAAUUGCAUGUGGAUUUUUUUUUGUAACGUCACAUGCUCUUAAAAGCUCAUUGUUUUCCAAUAAGUGACAUGUAUUUUCUCACAAUGUUUUAUUUUGCCAUCCUUGUGUCUGCCUUCUGUUUAUUCUCUCCAUUAUUAUUGAAUGUAUAUAAUAAAUAAACUGUUUGGUUUUUA